AUUUUCCCUCCUCGUUAUUAUCUUGGCCAAUAGCGUUAAACCACGAUUUAACUUUGACAGUGACAACACAAGGAAAUGGGUCGGAUAUGAGUGCAUGUAUAUUAUGACAAUUAUUUAUAGAUAUUUAUUCCAGCUAACUGUUCAAAAUAAUCAAAAUGCCGAGUAGUUUUGAUCAAUUCACUAGAAACUUCUGGAUAAAAACUACGCCUUAUCUAGUCCUAUUAACUCUCGAACUUAUUUUAGAUGUUUCAGAAUGUAUGUCACAAUCUGAGAUAGAUAGGCAUUUAGAGUUAGGGAAACAGUAUUUAGGAAGCGGCCAAUUAGGAGAUGCCCUAAGUCAGUAUCAUCUGGCAGUAGAGGGUGAUCCUAACAACUACCUCACGUAUUUUAAAAGGGGUACAGUAUACCUUGCUUUAGGUAAAGCGAAAAAUGCACUUAGUGACUUUGAUAGGGUUAUAGAAUUGAAACCUGAUUUCACUGCGGCCCGAAUAAGUAGAGGAAGUAUUCACCUUAAGCAAGCUAAUUACGAUCUAGCUCAACUAGACUUUUACAAUGUAUUGAAAAGUGAUCCUUAUAAUGUAGAAGCUAACGAACUUCUUUUAAGGAUAGAUCCAGUUAAAUCAAAAAAACAUAGCGCAGAAUAUUAUUAUGCUAAUAACGAUUACGUGUCGGCUAUUCAUUAUCUGUCCGAUGUAUUAGAAACUAGUCCAUGGGCAUCGGAAUUGUAUGAAUUCCGAGCAGAACUCCACAUGCUCAACGGAGACGAAAUGUCAGCUAUAUCUGACAUAAGAUCUUCGACAAAAUUACAAAGCGACAACACGGAUGGCUACUAUAAAUUAUCACAGCUUUUAUAUAAAGCAGGUCAAGCUACGGAAGCCUUGAAAGCGAUAAGGGAAUGCUUGAAAUUGGAUCCGGAACAUAAAGACUGUUUUCCUUACUAUAAAAAAAUAAAGAAGAUCGAAAAAUUCGUGACGGAUGCCGAAACCAGUUUAGAAAAUAGAGAUUACGCGCAAUGUAUAGAAUCGGCGCAUAAGGUAUUGAAAAACGAGAAAGAUAUACAAAAUAUCAUAUAUGAAGCUAAGAGACUUCUCUGCGCUUGUUAUUCCGGCGACGAACAAAGUUCCGAAGCUAUCACUUAUUGUACAGAAGCCCUAACUUAUAACGAAGACGUAAAUGUUUAUUGCGAUAGAGCAGAAGCUUAUCUAAAUUCUGAACUCUACGACGAUGCCAUCAGAGAUUAUAGAUCCGCUUUGGAAAUUGAUGCACAUUCUGGUCGAGCUAAAGAGGGAUUAACGAAAGCUGAAAAUAGACAGAAACAAGCCGAAAAGAGGGACUAUUAUAAAAUUUUAGAAGUUAAAAGGUCGGCUACUAAAAAGGAAAUUGUUAAAGCUUAUAGGAAAAUGGCGCAAAAAUGGCAUCCGGAUAAUUACCAAAAUGAUGAAAAAAUGAAAAAAAUAGCCGAAAAGAAGUUUAUAGAUAUCGCAGCAGCUAAAGAGGUGUUGACCGAUGAAGAAAAACGACGACAAUUCGACAACGGUGAAGAUCCAUUAGAUCCGGAAUCUGGUAAAGGCGGUAUGCCGAAUUUCCACCAUUUCCAAAGUUUCCACGGUAGCCCUUUCCAAUUUAAAUUCCAUUUCAAUUAAAACAAGUACCUAGUGAAUUUAUCUUUUUUAUUAUUUUUUUUUUUGGACUCUAUGUCUAAAAAAAUACAGCCUGUGAUGUGUGCAAUUUCAGGUGUAACCUCCAGUUUCUAAAUUAUUAAUUUUUUUCAAAGUAAUUUAUUUAGAUUAUAUACCACCUUCAAUUUAGGUAAAUCCUGUGGUAUAUCCAAUAUAGUUCCUUGUAUCCAGCAAGGGUGUUUCCUCUUCCUAUUCUCCAUAAUUUAUUUGUUUCAUGUGCUCAUUAAACCAAACAUUAAUGGAUCUCUUAGUCUGUCCAAUAUACUAAUUAGCUGUAGUGAUUAUUGGAUGUAUUUCGACCGAAACCUUCAUGCGAAGCUUAAAAAGAUGAAAGAAAAUGAGAUUUUUCAAAUCAGGAAGCACUAUGCUGACAUAAUAAAAAACUAUUUACUUUCAAAUCUCUGAAGACGAUAACUUGGUUGUAGAAACGCGCGUCAGACAGUGUAAUUGUGAGCGUUGGUGUAGUGGUAGUGUAAACAAUGAGUAGUUCAUAUGAACCAAAUGCCAGGAGAGGAUCACUGUAUGGAAAAUCAUGCAAAAAAAGUGAAUGCUUGUAGUUCAAAUUAACCAAAUGCUUGGGGAGGAUCAUUGUUUGAAUAAUCGUCCAAACUGAAAGUGUCUGGUUCAAAUAGACCAAAUGCUAAGAGGGGAUUUUGUAUAUAGAAAAUGGAUGUUAGUAGUUCAAAUGAACCAAAUGCUAAGAAGGGAUGGAUUCAGCAUAUAGAAAAUCGUGCAAACAAAAUGGAUGUGAGUAGUUCAAAUGAACCAAUUGCCAGGACUGUAUGAAAAAUCACGUUAACAAAGUGGAUGUAAGUUGGUGAUAUUCGUACUGAACACAAACACUCACGAUUACAUUGUCUGACGCGCGUUUCAAUAACUCAGGUUAUCAUCUUCAGAAACGGAAGGGGAGGACAGUUCACCUUCAGUUGAUUAAAAGAGUACAAUACUGCUUGUAUGGUGAUAAUUAUUCUCUGAUUUCUUAUAGUUCUUAUUUAAUAUUGAACUGAAAUAAAGUAAAAAAAAAUUUAAAUCGUCGGGGAUGUGUUCGGAUUAAAGAAGUUGCACUAUAGUUUGGUCAUCGAAGUUAUUAGUUACAGUUGGAGCAUUCUUCAAAUAUCAAUGUGGAAUCCAAUUUUUGUCCGCAUUUUUUAGAUUUAAGUUCUUCAUAUUUAUAUCUGUAAAAAUUUUUUUCUGUGCACAAGAAUAAUAUUAAUCUACAUAUAGAAAAAAAAUUCUCGCAGAGUUUGAGCUCUUAAUAUCAAAUUAAAGUACUUACAAUUUAAAUAUAAAGUUUUACCAUACUUUAUAGUAAAAGUUGUUAAAACACAGUUUGUGGAAAAAAAAAAAUUUUCCCCCUAUAAGUGAACCAGUGCGAGUUACAAAAAAAUCUAAAACGAUUUCGAAAAGCAUAAAAUUCUCAACAAGUUCUCUAAAACUCAUUUGCAUUAUUGUAUAAACUGAUUAUUGAAAAUUGGAAAAAAUUUUUACAUGGUAACACUUUAUAUUUAAAUUGUAAGUAUUUAAAAUUAAUAUCAAGAGCUCAAACUUGGUGAGAAUUUUUUCUUCUAUAUGUAGAUUAAUAUUUUGCUUUAGAACGGAAAAAAAAUUUUGAAUCACCCUAUCUUCAAGUACCUGAAUUGCACUAAAAUGGCUAAUAAAAAUGUAUAAAAUGUAAAAAAAAUGGACUGAAUUCUUAUAGACCACAUUAUUGUUUAUACAUUGUAAAUAAUUUUAUUUAAAAUAAAUAUUUAUAAGAAAA